GUGUUGAUGGUUGGUCUUUGCCACAUAAACAAAGUAUAUAUUCUUUUGUUAUCUUGUUACCAGAUAGAAAGCAAUACAUCUAUUCAAUUGAAGAUUGUUCUUCCUAUAGUCAUACAAGCGAUUUUAAUGCUGAAAAAAUUAUUCAUAUAUUGGAACAAGUGGGUCCUGAAAAAUUUACAGCUAUAGUAACAGAUGCUGAGGCUGCUAUGAUGGCUGCCAAAUGUAUUGUCACCUCUACAUUCCCAAAUAUUUUAUCAAUAAGAUGUAUUGCACAUCAUAUUCAAUUAAUUGCCAGUGAUAUUGUAAAGGUAGAUUGGGCAAAAAAUACAUUGCAAAACAUACAAAAAAUAAUUACCUUUUUUCAAAACAAUUAUCAAGCAGGUUCAGCAUUACAUGAUUAUAUAAUUGAAUCAUUAAUAACUGGUGGUUAUUUGAAGACAACUAUAAAGACAUGCUGGUCAACAGCAUGGGAUGCAUGUGAGUCUAUGAUACAUUUAGAAAGUAGCAUAAAAUCU